GUAUGUAGCCUAACCUCUGCGAACUUGGCGCGUAGCUUCUCUUUGUCGUUUCUGUUGCCUUCUGACCUUCUGGCUCGGAGCAUAUGAAUAGUUUAUAUUUCUAGUGACUGACUAGAGACGCGAGCCUCAGAAACGCCUCAGUCUUCUCCUUUGUUCUCAAAAUCUCAUUCAGUUUAUUUGCUUUGCUUUAGCUCAUCACUUCUUCUUUUUCAGAAACUAGGUUCACUUUUUCAUGUAUUCUAAUCGUUGGUUUGUUUGCAGGUAUGGGAUUGGAUCAUUGCUGCAUUUCAUCACUGCUGAUUUGAUCACUUGAUGCAUCACUUCUUUUGCCGACAAGUGUCAAAUCUCAUCACUCCCUGAGGUUCCACUGUUUAAUGUGUGAUUCUGGGUGGCCCCUUUAUCCGAUUCCCUCUGGCGACCCUGCCUGGUCUGCUUUCCUGCGGUGGACUGCGGACUGUGGAUACCACUUGUUUACAUUGGUUUUUUUAAAUUUUUCAUUGUUGCCUGAGAGUAGCCAAACCCUCGCCUUCCAUCGUCUUUUCUUGUGAUUGAUUGGUGUCCCUCUGGACUGACGACACUGCUUGGUCUGCUUUCCUGCGGUGGACAGCGGACUGUGGACACACUUGUUUACAUUGGUUUCUUUAAACUUUGGAUUCGGUUUCUUGUCUGAGAGCGGAUAGAUGGAAGUGGUCUCCUGGUGUCUCUUUGUUUUGUUUUUGGGUUUACAUUUGAUGAUUUAAUUUUUGAGAAUGGAGUCCAAUCUGGUGCGUCUCACUACAUGUGAUGAUCUUAGAAAAUAUUUGAUCUCUCUUGGAGUUAGACAAGAAACAGCAAAAUAUUUCUUCGAUCAAGAUGUUGAUGGAGAGCUUUUUGUGGAAUUGACUGAUGAAUCUCUCCGUAAGGUUUUCCCCAAACCUUACUUUUGGGCAAAAAAAAGAGUGUCUCAAAAUCAUUAGCAAAAUCCAGCAAUCCAAAGAAAGUUUUAUAUUUAAUCCAGAAACUAAUUGUGAAUCAUUUGAAGUUUUUGAUAUAUCUUAUUUUAAGUCAUUGAACCCACAAGGUCUUUCAUUGUUUUUACAAGAGAAAUGUACUGAUAUCUCAGCUGAAAACAUAAUUUACUUACUGAAUGAAGAAGUGGACGGCGAGGCUUUCCUAGAAUUUACUGAGGAAUCUCUAAUUUCCAAUUUUCCUAACUUAAGUUUUGAUCAAAGGACAGCUAUUCAAAAUUUAUUUAAUUACGGUGGUGAGCUACAGAGUGAGGCAACUUUUAUUAAAAUCAAAAAACCUAAUUCAGCUGAUGUGCCAGUGUUAGAAGCAGAAGAUGACUUAGGGUGUUACACACUGCAAGCUUAGUUGAUGUAAAUGGGCAAUUAAAGCCCUGUUCAAAAAACUCGCAAGAACUUGAACUGGCUCCUUGUGUAAGUGCCUCUUUCCUGAAAAAGAGGAGCCGAAAAAGUGAUGCUGCGAAAAAGCCCAAGACUAUAGCAGAAGAUGUUGUAUGUUUCUCUCUCAUGCAAACCAUUAUAUUAACCUGUUAACCCACUCAACUCCAAAAUGCAUUUAUGUUUGUUUCUUUUUUUAUUGAAGGAACCAAUGGAUGUACUUUCUAUUCUGGAUCAAUCCCAUGAAGGCCAAAAGGUCAUAGAGUUUAUUAAGACAAAUGAGAGGUGUGAUAUGACCCAUCAAAUUGUUAUGAUGCGAAUUUUGUACGAAAAAUUUUUGUGAAGGAAAAGAGAGUCCAGU